CAAGCGUUGAGUAGGCAGAGAAGGCUUUGGGUGCUGUGCUGGAUAUAGGCUCUAGUAGUUGACAAUUUGAGUGGUUCUACUAGAUAGUCUCAAGUACUUGACAAAACCUGUGGUUCAACUACUUAUCAGAAGUUGUAGGAAACAAACAAAAUACCUCUACUGAUCGAGCUCCAUGUGCAGUUUAAAGAGAAAAAUAGAAAAGGCCAUGAGAAAGGGGUAGCAUUUCAGGGCAAUUGAGAUUUGGGUCCAAAAGUAAAGGUUCUGCAGCCAUGCAACACCUGGCAUACCAGACUCUGCUUCCCACUGUAAACAAAUACCUUCAGCAGAAGUGGGACAAGGCCUCUUUUGAAAUGCAUCUAAGCAAGGUCAAGUCAGCAAAACCCACCAUUGACACAACUGCUCCUAAAACCUAUGGUCAUCUAGCCCAGACGAAAAAGAAGCGUGAGGACCAAAGCAUGUCCAAAAUCCAGAGGGAAAACAACAUGCUGCUUGAGAAAAUAUCUCACAUCAGGAGGACUACUGGUCGCAUUAACAACAAGAAUGACUAUGAAAACAAAAGCCUUUGCAGAGAGAGGCAACAGCAGGAGCGGCUCCGUAUCACAAAAGAGAAUGAGUUGGCCCUUCUUCGCCUGAACCAGUGUCAGCCUCACUACAGUAUUUAUGACUGGCAGGAGGACUGGCGCAAGACACUCAAGCUCAUGGAGAAUAUAUCACACUACCCACAAAAAGUCACUGACACAAAGAGACAAGGUCAGGCCAGUAACAAGAGCAGCAACACUGGGAAUAAAGAGAAGGACAGUGUUGAUGCAGAACAUCAUUUAAACAGCAGCCUCGGGACGAGGUCAGGCCAGUAACAAGAGCGGCAACAUUGAGCCUAAAGAGGAGGUCAGUCUUGAUGAAGAACAUCAUUUGAACAGCAUCCUCAUUCCAAAAAGAAAAGGAGAGAGUGAGGAGGAAACUGAAGAAUCUGACCAACAGCAUGCAUGAAACACUUGAGUCCCCUGACAUCCCAAUAAACAAUCUCACACACUGGGUAAUCCACAACAGAUGUAUACAGUGGAUAUAAAAAGUCUACACACCCCUGUUAAAAUGCUAGGUUCUUGUGAUGUAAAAGAAAGAGACAAAGAUGAAUCAUGUCAGAACCCUGUUUUUUUAAAACUGCGAAUGAAAAUCGGUGGAAAAAUAGAUAAUUCCUGUGUUUUCUGAUAACAGACUUUUCCAGUUAUUUUACAGGACAAAUGUUAGAUGAAGUUUUUAAUGUGUAAUUUAAAACAGAA